AUGGCGGCUAAGCUCCGAUUUAAUUGCACGAACAACAUGGCUGAAUAUGAACCUUGUAUCCUCGGUUUGAAAAUCGCCAUUGACAUGAAUGUCCAAGAGCUAUUGGUCAUGGCAGAUUCAGGUUUGUUGAUUCAUCAGGUUAAAGGAGAGUGGGCCGUGAAGAAAAUGCAGAUUAUACCUUACGUACAAUAUGUACAGAAGUUGUGCAAAAGAUUUUGCAAGAUCGAGUUCAGACAUACUCCCAGAAUACAAAAUGAGUUGGUCGAUGCUCUUGCCACCAUCGCUUCAAUGAUUAAACAUCCGGAUACUGAUUAUAUUGAUGCUCUGGAUAUUAAUCUGAAAGAAUAUCUAGUCCAUUGUUCACAUGUUGAAGAAGAACCAGACGGUUUUCCUUGGUAUCUCGAUAUAAAGAAGUAUUUGGAGUCAGGGAGUUAUCCUGAAGACGCCACAUCCAACAAAAGGAAGCCAAUACGCCGUAUGGCUCUUAAUUUGUUUCUAAGCGGAGAAGUCCUGUAUAGGAGGAUUCCAGAUUUGGGUCUUCUCAGAUGUGUCGAUGCUGUUGAAGCUGCGAAACUUAUUAAACAGAUAUAUGCUGGAAGUGAUUUGAUCCAAGUGCACCUUCAUGAACUUAAUGCUAUGAGUUCACCUUGGCCAUUUGUAGCUUGGGGUAUGGAUUUCAUCGGUCCGAUAGAGCCAGCCACUUCAAAUGGACACAGAUUCAUUUUGGUCGCCAUUGAUUACUUCACCAAGUUUGGAGUACGAGAAACCAUAAUUACUGAUAAUGGUGCAAAUCUCAACAGUCAUUUGAUGAGAGACAUAUGUGAGCAGUUCAAGAUUACUCACCGAAACUCAGCCGCUUAUCGCCCUCAAAUGAAUGGAGCUGUAGAGGCUGCCAAUGAGAACAUCAAGAAGAUUCUGAGGAAAAUGAUUGACAAUAAUCGAGGUUGGCAUGAGAUGUUGUCAUAUGCUUUAUUGGUUUAUCGGACGACUGUCAAAACGUCGACUGAAGCUACUCCAUACUUGCAGGUAUAUGGAACAAAAGCAGUCAUACCUGCUAAAGUUGAAAUACCGUCAUUGAGAAUCAUCUAA